GGCCAUUUCCUUGGGUCCUGCUUGUUGCCUGGGAGAAGAGGCCAAACCCCUCUGAAGAUCUAAAAAAGCUGGUUUGCAAAAAUUACGCAAAUACAAAAGAAAACUAUAGAAAUAAUCCAGAACCAUCACUUUCACGGUAUAGAAGAACUUGGGAAGAGCAGGCUAGCUUUUGUCUAAUUUAAAAACAGGGUGCUCAGACAGCAGAUAAAUCUGCCUGCCCUGAAGAAAUUGCUCCUGACAUUCUAAAACAAGGAUUCGAGAUGGUUGCAUUUCUUCUUUCUGCAAGUCACUGUCAUGUCUCGAAUACCUGACAGCAGCAGAGACAGAGGGAGGCAGCAGCUGAACACAGCCUGAACUGCCCGUGUGCAAUAGAUCUUGGCAUUGUCUUUUUUCAAGUGAAUAGAAAAACCUUGAUAGUAUUAUGGUUUAUGUGGUAUAUGAUAAUAAUCUGAUUCAUUUCCUGUUCAGAUUCUUGCCCAAAUGUUAAGUCUAAUUUUUGUUGUUGUUGUAUAAGAAGCAGUUAAGGAUGUAUCUCCGCAUCCUUGCAUGGUAUUUCUCAUCUCCGUACAGGAAACAAAUUCUAAAUGGUUCUGCUGCAGCUUGAUCCCGUGUCCAGGAAUGUUUCUCUUCAACAACACUGCCAACAAAAAAAGGAGCACUUUUUAAAUUGUAUCAAGGUAGGAUGAGGUGCGUGUACACACUCCCCUCUCCAUUGAGGACGUACAUCAACAUUUGGGCCUUUCCUGCAGUGAAAGGCCCCAGCACAUUUCCCUGUGCCCAGCCUUGGAUCGGGGAAGCCUUCUCUCCUUGUAGGAAAUCACAGUGCUAGGAUGCUACAUCCUUGUUUCCUACCACCGCCUGCUUGUCCUAGUUGGGCAUAGGGACCCUUUUGCUGUUUGCAGGAUGCCCUGGGAGGUGCUUGGAGCAGUCACACAUAACUUGGUGUGCUUGCACGCAAUGAGCAGCACUCUAGUUUGAAGAUGAAUACGUGAAGCACGGUGAAGCACGUUAAAGCAAAGGCACCAGCGAUGCAUGCCAAGUCUCUGCUCCCAGACUUAUGAACAGAUGCCAAGCCUCCUGCUUCCAAUUACACAACCCUUCCACCUCUUGCUCCAGAGGCUGCAUGCACAGAUAUGAGAUGACUACGUGAACCAUACAAGAUCAGUAUACGAAGAAAGAGAAAUUAAACUUGCAGUACACAACGCCAAAAUGUUCAACCAAAGUAAACAGAAACCAACAACUAAGCUGAUGUGGCAAGCGUGGCUGAUCUACACAGCCUUGGCUGCAUACCUCUCUGAAGAACAAACCCUGAGACAGGCCUGUCCUUCAUGUGAUGCCACUCAGUCUUGCAACUGCUCUUCCAUGGGUUUGGACUUCAUUCCCUCGGAGCUCACAGGCAAAAUCACAGUGUUAAACCUGGCCCACAACAGGAUAAAGCUGAUCCGGGCACACGAUCUGCAGCAGGCUGUGAACCUGAGAGUCCUACUGCUGCAGUCCAACCAGAUCAGCUCCAUAGACGAGGACUCGUUUGGCUCCCAGGGGAAGCUGGAGCUCCUGGACUUGUCAAAUAACAGCCUGGCUCACUUGUCCCCAAUGUGGUUUGGGCCCCUUUUUUCACUCCAGCACCUCCGCAUUCAAGGCAAUUCCUACAGUGACCUGGGGGAAAGUUCCCCCUUUUCAAGCCUGAGCAACUUGAGCUCCCUCUAUCUGGGCAACCCACAGUUCUCUGUCAUCAGGCAAGGAAACUUUGAGGGCAUUACGUUUCUCAACACUCUGAAGAUCGAUGGUGGCAACCUCAGUCAAUAUGAGCCUGGAAGUCUGAAAUCGAUUAGGAAGAUAAAUCACAUGAUCAUAAGCAUAAGAAGGAUUGAUGUGUUCUCAGCAGUCAUCAGGGACCUUGUGCACUCUGCUGUUUGGUUAGAAGUUAGAGAGAUCAAAUUAGAUAUUGAAAAUGAAAAACUGGUUCAGAAUUCUACUCUUCCUUCAACAGUACAAAAACUUACAUUUAAUGGUGCUUCAUUCACUGACGAAUAUAUUAGCCGAAUAGCAGUGUUAUUGAAGGAAAUCACAUCUUUGAGAGAAUUAGAAGCAAUAGAUUGUGUGCUUGAGGGGAAAGGAGUGUGGGAUACAAAAGAAAUCGCACGAAGUAGACUAAGUUCUGUUGAAACAAUUUCCAUUAAAAAUUUGACUAUUCAGGAUUUUUAUCUGUUCUUUGACCUGGAAGGUAUAGAGACACAAGUAGGUAAGCUGAAAAGACUCAGCAUUGUAAGCUCUAAAGUCUUCAUGGUACCGUGCAGACUGGCACGGUAUUUUUUAUCACUGUUAUAUCUUGAUUUCCAUGAUAAUUUGCUUGUAAAUAAUCGCUUAGCUGAGACAAUCUGUAAAGAUGCAUGGCCUUCAUUACAAACUCUAAAUCUAAGUAAAAAUUCCCUGAAAUCCCUAAAACAGGCUGCCACAUACAUAAAUAAUCUACACAAACUGAUUAAUCUUGACCUCAGUGAAAACAAUUUUGGUGAGAUUCCAGACAAGUGUGAAUGGCCUGAAAACCUGAAAUAUCUGAAUCUCUCCAGCACUCAAAUUCCCAGGUUAACACCUUGCAUUCCCUCAAGUCUUGAAGUGCUGGAUGUUAGUGCUAACAACCUGCAGGAUUUUGGACUGAAACUGUCAUUUCUCAAGGAGUUGUACCUGACAAAAAACCAUCUGAAGACCUUGCCUGAAACCUCAGCCAUUCCUAACAUAGUGGCCAUGUCGAUCAGCAGAAACAAGCUCAACAGCUUCUCCAAGGAAGAGUUUGAGUCCUUCAAGCAACUGGAGCUGCUGGAUGCCAGUGCCAAUAACUUUAUCUGCUCCUGCGAAUUCCUCUCCUUCAUUCACCAUGAGGCCAGGAUAGCCCAGGUGCUUGUGGGAUGGCCAGAAAGCUACAUCUGCGACUCUCCGCUGGCGGUGCGAGGGGCACAGGUUGGGAGUGUGCAUCUGCCACUGAUGGAGUGCCACCGGUCCCUCCUGGUGUCCUUGAUCUGCACCCUGGUGUUCCUGUUCAUCCUCACCCUGGUGGUCGUUGGAUACAAGUACCAUGCAGUCUGGUACAUGAGAAUGACCUGGGCAUGGCUCCAAGCCAAGCGCAAGCCCAAGCGAGCCCCCGCAAAAGACAUCUGCUACGACGCUUUUGUCUCCUACAGCGAGAACGACUCCAACUGGGUGGAAAACAUCAUGGUGCAGGAGCUGGAGCAGGCAUGUCCACCCUUCAGACUAUGCCUCCAUAAGCGGGACUUUGUGCCCGGGAAGUGGAUUGUGGACAACAUCAUUGACUCCAUUGAGAAGAGCCACAAGACGCUCUUUGUGCUAUCAGAGCACUUUGUGCAGAGUGAAUGGUGCAAGUACGAGCUGGAUUUCUCACACUUUCGCCUCUUUGAUGAGAACAACGAUGCGGCGAUUCUCAUCCUGCUGGAGCCCAUUCAGAGCCAGGCGAUCCCCAAGAGGUUCUGCAAACUGCGGAAGAUAAUGAACACCAAGACCUACCUGGAGUGGCCUCCUGAUGAAGAGCAGCAGCAGAUGUUUUGGGAGAACUUGAAAGUAGCCUUGAAAUCUUAGAUAGUAAUAUUAAAAACCGAGCCUGUAGCUGUGCUCUACUGGAUUAUUUCCAUUGACUUUGUCCCUUUAUCUAUCAGUAUCCAUCUAACAGAGAUCUGAGCUACUGUAAUUGCUGUUACUUGCUUCAAAAUUAUACUCUUCUUGUCUCUGUGAUCCUGAA